AUGGAGCCUCUGUUUGGGGUUGUGCUGGGUUUGAUUCUGGCAGUCGCUUCACCAGCCCACGGCAGCUGUACCUGUGCGACCAACAAGUGGGCAGCGUGUGCCCAGGACGGCCCUGGGAACUGCACCUGCAGGCUGGCAGGUUCAGAUCACCCUGUAGACUGCUCAACUCUGACUUCUAAAUGCUUCCUGAUGAAGGCAGAAAUGAUCCCCCUGAAGGAGAAGCGCCUCUGGAGACCUCCCCAUGCGGUGUCAGACGGCGACGGCAUUUACAACCCCGACUGCGAGGACAGUGGUGUCUUUAAAGCCAGGCAGUGCAACCAGUCCAGCACCUGCUGGUGUGUGAACACUGCGGGCGUGCGGAGAACGGAGAAGGGAGGCAGGAGCCUGAACUGCAGCGAGCUGGUCCGGACCAGGUGGAUCUACAUUGAGCUGACACACAAGAGAAGCUCCAACGCCUUCCACGCUCCCGAUGUGGCAAAGGCCCUGAGGCAGCUGUUUGAGAGCAGGUACAAGCUGCACCCCAAGUACAUCGCAGCCAUCAAGUACGACCCCCCACUCAUCCAAAUCCGCCUGGACCAGAACAAGAAACCCAGGUGGGAUGUAGAUAUAGCUGAUGUGGCCUAUUACUUUGAAAAAGAUAUCAACAAUGACUCCGUGUUUCAUUCCAACAGUAAAUUAACUGUCUUGGUCAAUGGAGAUGCUCUGGCUAUUGAAAAGCUCUGGAUUUACUAUGUGGAUGAAAAGCCCCCAGAGUUCUGCAUGAGGCAGCUGGCAGCUGGCAUUAGUGCUGUGGUCACCGUGGUGGUCCUGACUGCUGGCAUUGGCAUCACCGUGCUGCUCGUCCUCAGGUGGCUGCGCACAAGGACGUAUAAAAAAUUUGAGUGUAAAGAAAUGAGGGAAAUUAAAGCCCCAAGCUUAGAACUGCCCUGA